UACUCGGAACCCAGACGCAUUUGAUGGCGUCGCCGAUCAUCAGUUUCGUCGGUGGAGGUGGAUCCAUCGAUCCUCGCUGUCACUGUUCUUGCUCUCGCUUCGAGCUGCUUUUCCUCCAAUGUCUCCGGGAACAAUUUCGACGGCGUUGGACUUCCGGCGGCGACGCGGUGGCUGUUUUCUCCGAUCCCGAUGUUCAAGUUUAUGGUAGCUUUCCCGGCGCUGGACGGAUUACUUGUCUCUUUACGUAAGAGGAGAAUGGGGAUGUGUAAAUGCUGCUUUAGAUUGUGGUACAAUGUACGUCGAUUGAAAUGGCCUGAUCAUCUCAGUUACCGAGAGGGAGCUUUCUGACUUGAUAUUUGGAAAUUGCCGCCGAAUCAAGCAGGUUUAUCACAAGUUUCUAUAUGUUAUCGGAUUCUAACGGACGCUUCUUCUUUUGAGAAGUUCAAAAAUGGAAAAGAAGGCAUGAGGCUUCUGCUGUCUAGAUCUGCUUCCCACUUCUUGGCCAACUUAUCUACUUUGUGUAAGAGUCUCUUAUCCAACCAGCAUACGACACUUGUGAACGGGAAGGCUCCUGUAAAGGAAAUGUUCAUAUUUAUAGGGAAACGCAAAGUCGGGUUACUCAAGAAACUCACGGAGUUGACAGUUCUAUGUGGAAUCCCUGCUUGUGCUAUCAUCUACAGCGACUACAGUGAGGAACCUGAGGUAUGGCCUAACCGCCGUGAGGCUCACGCUAUUCUGGACCGUCUCCGGAGGCUCCCGAGGGCGAAACAGACAAAGCAUAUGCUGGACCAAGGGGAUUUCGUUCACCAGAUGAUUGGUAAAUUGGAGAGAGAGCUCGAGAGAGAGAGGAGGAAGAACAGUUUGAUCGAGCUCGGAUUGGUUGCGUUCCACAAUGACCUGAAUGAUGCGGAUUACUCCGAGGAGCUGAGCGUGGCUGCCCGUCUGCUCGAGCAGAGGAUCAAGGCCGUCACGGAGAGGAUCGAAUCCUCCAUCCGAAUGUCAGUCUUUGCCGAUGAAAUUUGAUCGAAUGGUGAGAUUUCUUUUCGUUUCAGGAUCUGGAGACGGACGGAAAAAAGGGGUUAUGUGGUCGCUGUUAUCAUUUCUCAUUCGAUUUACACAGACAUGUACCAUGUUUUUCCGUAUCUCUUUAUGUAUUCUCAUCGAAUUUGCCGUACAAUUUGUUAGAUUUUCAUUUGGUA